GAUUCAGCUGUGUGUUUUGAGUCUAUAAGCAAAGAUUGACCGAGAUUUGUCGAGAUGUUCCAUUUGAUAGUAUUCGUUGUUGUGCUAGUCACUAGUGUCAUGGCGGAAGACAUUUGUCCUAAGAAAUGUUUCUGUAACAAACAAUUGACGUCGGUAAAUUGUGAAGGACAUAAACUUCUAAACAUUCCAGACAGGCUACCAAAGUCAGUGGAGAAGCUAUAUAUGACACACAAUAAUUUGAUACGUGUGAAUUUUUCUACAAAUGUCGUUUUACCAAACCUUCGAUAUGUCUGGCUGGACAAUAACAAAAUCGCAGGAUUGCAGGCCAACACAUUUGAUGGUAGCGUUGUUCCCAAGCUUUCAAAAUUGUAUCUUAGGAACAAUAAGAUCUCGGUGAUAGAAAGCAGAACAUUUGUUAAUUUGUCCUCAUUGACACAGGUCUAUCUAAGCAACAAUGACAUUCAAAAAAUACAAUUCGAUGCAUUUGAAGACACUCCAUCAGUUCAGUUGAUAAACUUGGACGGUAAUUAUCUGUCUGAGAUUCCAAGACUUGGGAAAUUAAAAAGUCUGAAAAGUCUUUACAUACAGGCGAACCAAAUUUCUAAUCCAACGUUUCCGGACGAGUUUAAGGACCUGAAGAAGAUUAACGACAUUGGCUUAAGUAAUAACGCAAUCAGGAAACUUGAUGAUUUGACCUUUAAAAAUCUGCAAAACUCAAAUGUACGGAAACUGGAAGUAACAAGGAGUAAAAUUGAUGAGAUAUCUAAGGGCGCUUUUAAAUGGCUAAGGAAUAUUACAUCCCUUAAGUUAGGCUAUAAUCCGUUGACCAGUUCAGACCUAGAGAUGGCAUUUCAUGGUCUUGUAGGCUCGUCUCUGGUGUCGUUGAAUAUAGAUAAUAUUACUCUUGGUGGAGUCUUGCCCUCUUCUACUUUUCAGCUACUUCAGAAUACGUCAAUAACGACCCUUAGUAUGAAAAACAACAAAAUGAGCAGUAUACCUCAAAAGGGGUUCGCCAAUUUAAAGAAGUUGAUCAGCUUAGACCUCAGUGCAGCGAACAUUUUCAAAAUAGAUGACAGUGCUUUUGAAGGACUGGAUGCAUUAGCAAGAUUAUUCCUAAACGACAAUCAGCUGUCCCAGGUACCUAACAAUCUCCCGCCAUCAUUACAAAAGAUAUAUCUAAAUGGCAACCAAAUCUCGGCACUGAAAGACAAUACAUUUAAGAAUUUGUCAAAACUACAGUUACUAUACUUGGGAGGUAAUAAGAUUCACCAGCUUGAACAGAAUGCGUUCUAUGGUCUAACUAGCUUGAAAAAGAUCCACCUCGUGGAUAAUAAGAUACAUACCUUACCCGGAAGACUGUUCGAAUCUUUCGUUAUUUUAGAUUCACUCGAGCUGAAUAAAAAUAACAUAAACCAAAUUCCGAACGGUGACAGUCUGUUUGCAUCAAUGGCAUCUUUACAGUAUCUGAACAUGGCUGACAAUGCCUUUUCAUCCUGUUCUAUGGGUCUUUUUAAAGUACUUACAUCGCUUAGGUAUUUACACCUUGAAAAUAAUCAACUUGGUGACUUGAUUGCUAGAGACGUAAAUGGUCAACUAUUUGCUGGAAUGGACAAGCUUGUCUUAUUGAACUUGACCAACAAUCAAUUGACACAGCUUCCGGAUCCAUUUUUCAAAGAUCUGAUAAAUCUGAAAAAUCUAACGAUGAGAUCGAACAAGAUAUCAACAUGGGGAGACAACUUAUUUAAACGAACUUACAAACUAGAAAUUCUUGAUCUCAGUCAAAAUAUGAUAGCGCUUGUCAAUUCGUCAUCUGUUCGGGACUUUAAGAAAAUGAAGACUCUUGAUCUACGCCAGAACCCGUUUGCCUGCACGUGCGACUUGCGAUGGUUCCGUGAUUGGACGAAUACAACAGAAAUUAUGAUUUUACACAGUGAAACAUAUCUCUGUAAUUCGCCUCCAGAAUGGCACGGAAAGAAGUUUCUUUCUUUUGACAGGCAUAAAAUAAAUUGUGUCUGGUUUACAACAACACAAAUUAUCUGUGCAGCAGCAGGUGGUUUCCUACUUUUUGUUAUAGUAAUUUUUUGUGUGUACAAAAGGCGUUGGUACAUCAAACUUCGAUGGUAUAGAAUUCGACGAUCAUUGAAAAGGUCUAAUGGCACCGGAAGAGGAGGUUAUCAGAAAAUUAAUGGCGAUGUUAAUCAGUACGAUGCAUAUAUUUCUAGUGCCAGUGACAACUAUCAAUGGGUUUUAAAAAAUAUCUUUCCUGGGAUAGACAGCGGAGACCUUGACACUGAAAAGUUCGGUGGUGAAUUCAAAUUGUAUUUCGAGAACCGAGACGCCGAGCUUGGAAAAGCGGAAUUAUAUAACAUCAUAGAGAACAUGGAAGCGAGUCGAACUGUACUCAUUAUACUUACUAAAGAAUACAUGGCGAAAGAGCGAUACAAGUUUGAAAUUAUUACAGCGAUUGAUUUAUUGGAAAAGGGCAAAAUAUCUGACAUUCUGAUUGUCAAUGUUGAUGGACUAACCGCCAGACAUGUUCCAAGGUUAUUGCAGCGUAAGAUGGAGAGGCACGACUUCCUCACGUGGGAAGAUUCAGAGGAGGCUAAAAUUACUUUUAAAGAACAACUAGCGGAUGGUUUAAGAAGGAAAAGACGAAUGGAGAAUGUUAUAUGAUCUUUCUCAUACAUUAUGAAACUUGGUGCGACCUCUCAAAAAUACUACACAGUUAAAUAUUAAGAGUGUUCUUUUCGUAGCUAGAUCUUAGUGGUGAAAAGCUAGCGUAGUUGUAUUGUUUCAUAAUUUAUGCGAAUGAUUAUACAACCAAACAUCUUGUGUUCACAUAGUUGACUCAUGCUUAGUGUUUUUAUUUGUUCAAUCAUUAAGGCGUGUUGAGAUACAGUUAGUAUUUUUCUAUAUUUAUCAUAAACGAUGAAAAUCAUUGGCCGCUGCUGACGAUGCUGUAAAUAUUCUUUGACAUUAUGUUUCUUUCGUUCUGCAAAUGAGGGUAUUUGGUACAAAGUCGAUUGUUUCUAUUGUAAAAACAUGCACCGAUGUCUUUUUCAUUAGU